CAAAGACCAGAAGAGAUGGAGCUGGACAGAGCUGUGGGGGUCCUGGGCUCUGCCACCCUGCUGCUCACUUUCCUGGGCAUGGCCUGGGCUCUCCAGGCGGCAGACACCUGUCCAGAGGUGAAGAUGGUGGGCCUGGAGGGCUCUGACAAGCUCACCAUUCUCCGAGGCUGUCCGGGGCUGCCUGGGGCCCCUGGGCCCAAGGGAGAGGCAGGCACCAAUGGAAAGAGAGGAGAACGCGGCCCCCCUGGACCUCCUGGGAAGGCAGGACCACCUGGGUCCAACGGAGCACCUGGGGAGCCCCAGCCGUGCCUGACAGGCCCGCGCACCUGCAAGGACCUGCUAGACCGAGGGCACUUCCUGAGCGGCUGGCACACCAUCUACCUGCCCGACUGCCGGCCCCUGACUGUGCUCUGUGACAUGGACACGGAAGGAGGGGGCUGGACCGUUUUCCAGCGGAGGGUGGAUGGCUCCGUGGACUUCUUCCGGGACUGGGCCACGUACAAGCAGGGCUUCGGCAGUCGGCUGGGGGAGUUCUGGCUGGGGAACGACAACAUCCACGCCCUGACUGCCCAGGGAACCAGCGAGCUCCGUGUAGACCUGGUGGACUUUGAGGACAACUACCAGUUUGCUAAGUACAGAUCAUUCAAGGUGGCCGACGAGGCGGAGAAGUACAAUCUGGUCCUGGGGGCCUUCGUGGAGGGCAGUGCGGGUGAUUCCCUGACGUUCCACAACAACCAGUCCUUCUCCACCAAAGACCAGGACAAUGAUCUUAACACCGGAAACUGUGCUGUGAUGUUUCAGGGAGCUUGGUGGUACAAAAACUGCCACAUGUCAAACCUGAAUGGUCGCUACCUCAGGGGGACUCAUGGCAGCUUUGCAAAUGGCAUCAACUGGAAGUCGGGGAAAGGAUACAAUUAUAGCUACAAGGUGUCAGAGAUGAAGGUGCGACCUGCCUAGCCCAGGCCAGCCUCAGGGUCAGGACACCUCCACACAUAGUUGGUGGGGGGGUAGGGUUGGGAUCUUGGCCCUACGGUUUGUAAAACAAACACAUGUCGUGAUUCUAAAUUGGGUUUGUCUUGCUGUGCGGAAAAGGUUCAAAUCCAGCUGUUUCCACAAUCAACCCUUUCAGAUUUGUGACAUUAACUCACCUCAAACCUCUGUCUUUCCUUGACAAUGAGUAAGAAUGUGUUUCUGACCAUGCCAGCAGGAACCUUCCUUAAGGACAAAUACAAGACUUUGAAGCUGC